GCAGGAAGCUCGCGCCACCGCCGCUCAGCUCCCUCGGCGCGUCCGGGACCCGCUGCGCCAAUCGCGCCAUCCCCGGACCCGCGUGCGUCCCCACGAGGGAAGCGACCCCGCUGCUCGAGCCACCUCUCCACUCAGCGUCCUGCAGCCUUCGCCACCCCCGACGAGUGGCCACGGAGAAAGCCGUGCUCCCCUCGCUCACAACCCCGAAGCCCUCUCGCCGCCCUGCACGACAUGGAUGCCCCGGAGCAGCAGCCGGACCCCGACGGCGGGGACGCCCCAGGCCAUGAGCCAGGGGGUAGCCCCCAAGUCGAAUUCGACUUCUCCAUCCUCUUCGACUAUGACUAUCUGAAUCCUAUCGAAGAAGAACCGAAUGCACAUAAGGUCGUCAGCCCACCCUCCGGACUCGCAUACCCCGAUGAUGUCCUGGACUGUGGCCUCAAGCCAUACAGCCCCCUUGCCAGUCUCUCUGGCGAGCCCCCCGGCCGAUUCGGAGAGCCGGAUAGGGUAGGGCCCCAGAACUUUCUGAGCCCGGCCAAGCCAGCCGGGGCCUCGGGCCUGAGCCCUCGGAUCGAGAUCACUCCAUCCCACGAACUGAUGCAGGCAGGGGCGUCCCUCCGUCCAAGAGACGCCGGCCUCCUGGCGGAGCAGCCGGUGCUGCCCGGGGUGGCCACCACCCCGCGGUUCACGCUGCCCGUGCCUGGCUUCGAGGGCUACCGCGAGCCGCUUUGCUUGAGCCCCGCUAGCAGUGGCUCCUCUGCCAGCUUCAUUUCCGACAGCUUCUCCCCCUACACCUCGCCCUGCGUCUCGCCCAAUAACGGCGGGCCCGACGACCUGUGUCCCCAGUUUCAAAACAUCCCUGCUCAUUAUUCCCCCAGAACCUCGCCAAUAAUGUCACCUCGAACCAACCUCGCCGAGGACAGCUGCCUGGGCCGCCACUCGCCCGUGCCCCGUCCGGCCUCCCGCUCCUCGUCACCUGGUGCCAAGCGAAGGCAUUCGUGCGCCGAGGCCUUGGUUGCCCCACUGCCCGGAGCCUCACCCCAGCGCUCCCGGAGCCCCUCGCCGCAGCCCUCGUCUCACGUGGCCCCCCAGGACGACGGCGCCCCCACUGGGUACACCCUCACGGCUGGCUCUGCCGUGCUCAUGGAUGCCCUGAACAGCCUCGCCACGGACUCACCUUGUGGGCUCCCCCCCAAGGUGUGGAAGACCAGCCCGGACCCGUCUCCGGUGUCGGCCACCCCAUCCAAGGCCAACCUGCCCCGCCACCUCUACCCAGCCGUGGAGUUCCUGGGGUCCUGCGAGCAGGAGGAGAGGCGGAACUCAGCACCCGAGUCCAUCUUGCUGGUGCCUCCGACUUGGCCCAAGCCCCUGGUGCCUGCCAUCCCCAUCUGCAGCAUUCCGGUGACUGCAUCCCUCCCUCCACUGGAGUGGCCACUCUCCAAUCAGUCAGGCUCCUAUGAGCUGCGGAUUGAGGUACAGCCCAAGCCACAUCACCGGGCUCACUAUGAGACAGAAGGCAGCCGAGGGGCUGUGAAAGCUCCAACUGGAGGCCACCCUGUGGUUCAGCUUCAUGGCUACAUGGAAAAUAAGCCUCUGGGCCUUCAGAUCUUCAUUGGGACAGCUGAUGAGCGAAUCCUGAAGCCACACGCCUUCUACCAGGUGCAUCGGAUCACGGGGAAGACCGUCACCACCACCAGCUAUGAGAAGAUCGUGGGCAACACCAAAGUCCUAGAAAUCCCUUUGGAACCAAAAAACAACAUGAGGGCAACCAUCGACUGUGCCGGGAUCCUGAAGCUCAGAAACGCCGACAUUGAGCUGCGGAAAGGCGAGACGGACAUUGGGAGAAAGAACACACGUGUGAGGCUGGUUUUCCGGGUUCACAUCCCAGAGUCCAGCGGCAGGAUCGUCUCCUUGCAGACGGCAUCUAACCCGAUCGAGUGCUCUCAGCGAUCCGCCCACGAGCUGCCCAUGGUGGAAAGACAAGACAUCGACAGCUGCCUGGUCUACGGGGGCCAGCAAAUGAUCCUCACUGGGCAGAACUUCACGGCUGAGUCCAAAGUUGUGUUUACUGAGAAGACCACAGACGGGCAGCAAAUUUGGGAGAUGGAAGCCACGGUGGACAAAGACAAAAGCCAGCCUAAUAUGCUUUUUGUGGAGAUCCCUGAGUAUCGGAACAAGCACAUCCGCACGUCUGUGAAGGUGAACUUCUACGUCAUCAAUGGGAAAAGAAAACGAAGUCAGCCUCAGCAUUUUACCUUCCACCCAGUCCCAGCCAUCAAGACGGAGCCCAGCGAUGAGUACGACCCCACUCUGAUCUGCAGCCCCGCCCACGGAGGCCUGGGGAACCAGCCCUAUUACCCACAGCACCCGAUGGUGGCUGAGUCCCCCUCUUGCCUCGUGGCCACCAUGGCUCCCUGCCAGCAAUUCCGCUCAGGGCUCUCGUCCCCUGACGCCCGCUACCAGCAGCAGAACCCAGCGGCUGUCCUCUACCAGCGGAGCAAGAGCCUGAGCCCCAGCCUGCUGGGCUACCAGCAGCCGGCCCUCAUGGGCGCCCCCCUGGCCCUGGCGGAUGCCCACCGCUCUGUGCUGGUGCAUGCUGGCUCCCAGGGCCAGAGCCCGGCUCUGCUCCACCCCUCUCCAGCCAACCAGCAGGCCUCGCCAGUGAUCCACUACUCGCCCACCAACCAGCAGCUGCGCUGUGGGAGCCACCAGCACAUCAUGUACUGCGAGAAUUUUGCACCCGGCACCACCAGGCCUGGCCCGUCCCCGGUCAGCCAAGGGCAGAGGCUAAGUCCGGGCUCCUACCCCACGGUCAUUCAGCAGCAGAACACCCCGAAUCAACGAGCUGCCAAAAACGGACCCCCAGCCAGUGACCAAAAGGAAGUAGCACCUGCAGGAGUGACAAUUAAACAGGAGCAGAACCUGGACCAGACCUACUUGGAUGAUGAGCUGAUAGACACACACCUUAGCUGGAUACAAAACAUAUUAUGAAACAGAAUGACUGUGAUCUUUGAUCCAAGAAAUCAAAGUGAAAGUCAAUGAAAUUAUCAGGAAGGAGUUUUCAGGACCUCCUACCAGAAAUCAGACGUAGAAGAAGCCAUUAUAGCAAGACACCUUCCGUACCCGACCCCUCGGAGCUUCCUCCUGCCCCUCACCUCUGUCUCCUUUACUGCUCGUCUCCCAGCCCGGAGUCCACACCAGGCGUAAAGCUGACCCUCGAUUAAGGAGCGCGCACCUCUCUGUCCGCACCAGAGAGGACGCUCCUCCUUUCAUUUUGGUUUUAAAUCCCAAAGAGCAUUCCGGUUGAUCUCAGUGCUGUCCCUCUGAAUAUUAAGUGCCUGCUGACCAAAACCACAUUCUCAACAAGACAGGACGCUGGCGUGCCGCUGAGAACCGAGUGACGAGCUCGGGGGACGGGCUGGGGGACAGAAGAGGUUGGCACCGAGAUUAAACCCCAGCCCUUGCAUUCGUUUUUCCAGGUCACAACUACAGCUCCUGUACCUUUUGAAGGAAAGGAGUUCUCAGACAGAGCGACCAAAGGACUGUAGCCUGGAAGACCCUGCUUACAGGCUGAAGUCGCCCAGGACCUCGUUGGCAGGGCCAGAAACUGAACCAUCGUCCUUAGGGCUCGCCUGGCUGGGCCACUGCUAAAUGCUUUAUUUUCUAUUUUUUUUUUUUCAUUCCAAAACAAAACUGUCCUGCCUAGACAAGAUCACCUGUUAAAACUUUUCCGUGUUAAGUCAUGACGUGUGCACAUGUGUGUGAUGCUAAGUCUCCUUUUUCUCUGCUUCAAAAAGCUGAUGAAGAGGGCUAAAGUCGAGCCCUUGUGACCAUCUGCCAUCUCCCCCGGCAGCCGCGGCUGAGGCCGGUGCUGAUGCAGUCUCCCUAGGUGGGAGGGUGGCCCAGGCUCCAGAGCAGCUGCCUGUUCACAGCACACUCCAGCAGCAGCUCUGCAAGGUGCCUGCUUCCUGCCUCUCCUAACAGAGUUAAGAAGACUUUCAAACAUAUGCAUUGAAUUGUGAGGAGGAAUACCAGAGGGCUAAAGCAACUUCCCCCCAAAUGCAGGUAUUUUUGUUAAGUAAAGCAACCUAAAUGCUUCUGUAAAUGAGUUUCCACCAGUGCAGAGAAAAGGGGCUGAAUUCCCUAAGCUCUCUGCCUCAGCCAAAGUGGGUCUGCAAAACCCAGGAUUUGGCCCCGAAGUUCACUGGUCAUUUUUACCGGAACUCAUCUGAACUUCCCUGGCCUCAACAUUGGCCCUGCAGACCUCUCUCUGCAUCAGCAGAGUGUCCUCCCAGACACCCAUCUAAGCACUCCAGCCUGAGUUUGAGCCUUGCUCAGCCCAGUGGUGUGUUAGCUCUGAUUUCUCCCAGCUGUUCCUCUCUAGGAGUAAGAACACCCAUGCCCUCAAUAGUCUUUUUUCCCCAAUUGGUGCAAUUUUUGCAAACAAAACCCUCAAAGUUCUUGACAGGGGAGUUCUAAUCGCACCGACUGUUUCUAUUUAUCUUUCUUGUGGACACCCCAGGACAUGCUGGGAAUUCAUUUUUAGCCUUUUACUUGUUUCCCUAGCAAUCAACAGCAAAGUGGAGAUUUUCUUACUCCAGUACUCAUGAAAAGACUGUCCCUAUAAGGAUUUCUCAGUCUAGUCUGCUAGGCCUGAGCCCCAAGAAAGAGUCAUGGCUGUUAAAUGCCCACUGUGGGCGGUCCGAGACCUGGUUUUCUCGUCAGGGUUAUGCAAAGGUCAAACCUUCCUGAGAGCAGGACCAGGUGUGUUUGGCGCUCCGGAUGGAAGCCAGAGUGCUCAGAUUUGGGUCUGUGCGCCCACAUGUAUGUAACCUUCUAGUUACUGCCUAGCAUCGAUUUCCCCUUUACAACAGGGGCCUUUUAUCCACUCACUGCAGGCACAGACUUCAGCAAAAUUCUCUUUGAAACAAAUGGAAUGCCAGUAAGAAGUUGACCGCCAACGCAGAGCUUCUGGGAUGCUAGAAACUUCCUCAUUAACAAAGAAACUUCCUUCUAUUAGCAGCUUUACCUAAAGACUUUUCUGUCCAGCAGUGUUGACUUUACCGGCGAAGAGUUCAGCAUAUCUAAGUGAAGCGUGUCUGUGAGUGAUUUGUUCUCACUCAGUCUGGCUAGAAGCCAUUUUUUGCACAUCAGGGGAUUUGGCCUUUCCUCAGUUAUCUGAAUGUUUUGCCCAAGUGCCUUCCUGCCAUUGUAGCAGAGUAGCUCCGCUUCCUUGUCCACGGGGUGAAAAAGGACUAAUGCAUUUUCCGUCCAUCUUCUAACCGUUUUAGCAAAGAGGGCCUCCCAGUAGCUCAAACUCCUGAAUGUAUAUAUGAAUGUGUGUGUAUGUAUAAUUACAUGCACAAACCCCUCUUAUUCUGAGACAUCUUAGCUGGAUAUUGUAGGAAGCCCUUAUUCUGAGACAUCUUAGCUGGAUACUUUAGGAAGCCCUUUCAUGAAAAGCUAUCCUAAAUAGCAAGGGAAAGAAAAAGAGAAGCACUAGCUUUGAAUCAUGAACAGACAAGAGAAAGUAUACUAGGAACAGAAUGACUCUCAAGAAAGUUUUGUCAGUUACCAAUGCCAAGAGGAAACUUUGCCAAGAGUAACUGCUCAUGAGAUAUUUUCAGUAUGGGAAGAGGCAAUAAGAUACUUUAAGAGAAGGAAGUAGGGGUUUCUGAAAGAUAAAGGUGGAUGUGUUGUACGUGUGUUAAAGGGAUCUAGUUAAGUCAAGGUUUGCACUUGCUACAUCCAAGUUCAUGUAAAUAGGUGCGCUCUGACAGAUUGACCGUGUUGCUGAAUGUAGUGUAUUUCCAAAGUCUGACAGUCUUCCUUAUUGUACAAAAAUACUGCUGCUUAAUAAUAUACAUAGCAAUCCAAAUUCAUUAGUAUGUUAUUAAAUUUUAUUUUCCUACCUGUA